GCACUGCGGAAGUGGCGACACGGAGGAUUGUUGACAAAUCUAGCUAGCUUUGGCUAGGUGGCAUGAUAGUUUAUCGACGUUUUAGCCAAGCUGUCGUUCAGAAUGAGUUAUCCAGAGGACAGGCAUGGAACAAAACGACCUGCAUCUCCCAGUCAAGAUGGUUCUACCCAGUGGGCAUCCGCUGAUUUGGGAAGUGACGAGAGGAGGCAAAAGUUUUUGCGGUUGAUGGGCGCUGGCAAGAAAGAACCCACUGGGCGCCUGGUCAUUGGUGAUCACAAGUCAACAUCCCACUUCCGUAGUGGUCAGGAAGAUAGGAAGAUCAAUGAACAGCUGGAGAUACAGUACCAGCAGGGCAUGGAUGGGAAGCUGUCCGGCCGCAACCGGAGACACUGUGGUCUGGGUUUCAGCGAGCCUGACCCAGAGCCAGAGUCAUUCCCCCCACCACCAGCGGACGAUCAGGAAAAAGAAGCUGAGCCUGAGAAGUCCGUCAGUGAAAAAGAACCCACAGAGGCUCAGGACAAAGACUGCGAACCCGACUCAAAGGAAAAAACAUCGGAACAGGCCAAGCCCAACUCGGAUAGUAGCAGCGACGAACGGAAACACAACUACAAAAUGGCCUUUGUGAAAUCAACAUAGUGCUGCGAGGGAGAGAGAUUAGUUUUUGUAAUGUCAAAUUUGUACAUUUUGAUGUUAUUUGUUUAACAGUAGACAAUAGUCACCCUCUACUUUAGUCCUGUUACUGUGUAGAAAUAGGGCACCGGGGCUCCUUGUUUAGCUACAUCCUGAUGUGCAUGUCGUCAGAGAUUCCAGUCUGCAGGCUGAAACAUCAGCUUUCAGCGGACCGGAUGGCGAAUGGUCCACUUUUUAUUUUGUUUGGACAUUUUAACAGUAACUGCAUUGGCUCUGAAUUAUGUUGGAUUAAACUGGAUUACUUGCCAUUCAGCAUGACUGGUGUGCACAUUGUGAAUUUUGUGAUUUCUUUGUUUGAAAACCAAUAAAAGGAAGUCUCAGUUGUAA